AUGUUGCCGCCGCGGCCAUCACAUCACAUCCCGUCACUGGCCAGGUACCCUCGCUCCCCCAUUGGACCACGUGUGGCCAGCAGCGAUGCCACGUCCGGCACGAGCAGGACCCUGCGACGUGCGAGCUGA